GCCCCGGGCCCCUUUGUUCCCGCCGGGGCCGGGCCGGGCCGGGCCGGGCCUGGGAGCCCAGCUCGGGGACCUCGGCCCUCCUGGGUCCAACCCGCCACCGAGGGUGAAGGAUUGGCCAUCUUGAGAAAGAGCAGUGGUGAGCCCAGGAAGACGGUGGAGUCCCCAUGGAGAUGUGGAACCCUGUCAACGACGUGUAGCCUCAGAACUGGGAUGUGGAGCUGGAAGUGCCUCCUAUUCUGGGCUGUGCUGGUCACAGCCACACUCUGCCCUGCCAGAGCAGCCCCGACACUGCCCGAACACGCCCUGCCCUGGGGAGCCCCCGUGGAAGUGGAGUCCUCGUUGGCCCACCCUGGCGAUCUACUGCAGCUGCGCUGCCGGCUGCGGGACGAUGUGCAGAGCAUCAACUGGCUGCGGGACGGGGUGCAGCUGGCGGAGAGCAACCGCACCCGCAUCAUUGGGGAGGAGGUGGAGGUGCGGGAUGCCGUGCCCUCCGACUCCGGCCUCUACGCCUGUGUGACCAACAGCCCCUCCGGCAGCGACAUCACCUACUUCUCCGUCAAUGUCUCAGAUGCCCUCCCAUCGGCUGAGGAUGACGACGAUGACGAUGAUUCCUCUUCUGAAGAGAAGGAGACGGACAACACCAAACCAAACCGUACGCCUGUGGCUCCCUAUUGGACAUCUCCAGAAAAGAUGGAGAAGAAGCUGCACGCGGUGCCGGCAGCCAAGACGGUGAAGUUCAAGUGUCCUUCGAGCGGCACCCCCAGUCCUACACUGCGUUGGCUGAAAAAUGGCAAAGAGUUCAAACCCGACCACCGGAUCGGGGGUUAUAAGGUCCGUUAUGCCACCUGGAGCAUCAUCAUGGACUCGGUCGUGCCGUCUGAUAAGGGCAACUACACCUGUAUUGUGGAGAACAAGUACGGCAGUAUCAACCACACCUAUCAACUGGAUGUUGUGGAACGGUCACCUCACCGGCCCAUACUGCAGGCUGGACUACCUGCCAACAAGACAGUGGCUCUGGGCAGCAAUGUGGAAUUUGUGUGCAAAGUGUACAGUGACCCACAGCCCCACAUCCAGUGGCUGAAGCACAUCGAGGUGAAUGGGAGCAAGAUUGGCCCAGACAACCUACCGUAUGUCCAGAUCCUGAAGACGGCCGGAGUUAAUACCACCGACAAGGAGAUGGAAGUGCUGCACUUAAGGAAUGUCUCCUUUGAGGAUGCGGGGGAGUAUACGUGCUUGGCGGGUAACUCUAUCGGGAUCUCCCAUCACUCUGCAUGGUUGACCGUACUGGAAGCCCUGGAGGAGCGACCAGCGGUGAUGACCUCCCCUCUGUACCUGGAGAUCAUCAUCUACUGCACAGGGGCCUUCCUCAUCUCCUGCAUGGUGGGGACCGUCAUAGUUUAUAAGAUGAAGAGCGGCACUAAGAAGAGCGACUUCCACAGCCAGAUGGCUGUACACAAGCUGGCCAAGAGCAUUCCCCUGCGUAGACAGGUAACAGUGUCGGCUGACUCCAGCACCUCCAUGAACUCGGGGGUCCUGCUGGUGCGGCCCUCACGCCUCUCCUCCAGCGGAACCCCGAUGCUGGCCGGGGUCUCGGAGUAUGAGCUGCCUGAGGAUCCCCGCUGGGAACUGCCCCGGGACAGGUUGGUGCUAGGCAAACCUUUAGGUGAGGGCUGCUUCGGGCAGGUGGUACUGGCGGAGGCCAUUGGCCUGGACAAAGACAAGCCAAACCGGGUGACCAAAGUGGCGGUCAAGAUGCUGAAAUCAGAUGCAACAGAAAAGGACCUGUCAGAUCUGAUCUCUGAAAUGGAGAUGAUGAAGAUGAUUGGGAAGCACAAGAACAUUAUCAACCUGCUGGGGGCCUGCACACAGGAUGGCCCUCUCUAUGUCAUCGUGGAAUAUGCAUCUAAGGGCAACCUUCGUGAAUACCUCCAGGCCCGACGGCCCCCUGGAUUAGAAUACUGUUACAACCCCAGCCAUGCCUCCGAGGAGCAACUUUCCUCCAAGGAUCUGGUCUCUUGUGCCUACCAGGUGGCCCGGGGCAUGGAAUAUCUUGCUUCCAAAAAGUGCAUACACCGGGACCUGGCAGCCCGGAAUGUCCUGGUGACCGAGGACAACGUGAUGAAGAUUGCAGACUUUGGCCUGGCUCGGGAUAUCCAUCACAUCGACUACUACAAAAAGACCACCAAUGGACGGCUGCCUGUGAAAUGGAUGGCCCCUGAGGCCUUAUUUGACCGGAUCUACACACACCAGAGUGAUGUAUGGUCUUUUGGGGUACUGCUGUGGGAAAUCUUCACCCUGGGCGGCUCUCCCUACCCCGGCGUUCCUGUGGAGGAACUCUUCAAGCUGCUGAAGGAGGGUCAUCGCAUGGACAAACCUAGCAACUGCACCAAUGACCUGUACAUGAUGAUGAGGGAUUGCUGGCAUGCGGUGCCUUCUCAGCGACCCACCUUCAAACAGCUGGUGGAGGACCUAGACCGUAUUGUGGCCUUGACCUCCAACCAGGAGUACCUGGAUCUCUCAGUGCCCCUGGACCAGUAUUCGCCCGGCUUCCCGGACACCCGCAGUUCUACCUGCUCCUCGGGGGAGGAUUCCGUCUUCUCCCACGACCCGCUGCCCGAGGAGCCCUGCCUGCCCCGCCACCCAGCCCAGCUUGCUAAUGGGGGACUCAAGAGGCGCUGACCUCCAAACUCCAGACUGUCAUUCUUCGACUCUUUCUCAUCGGGUUCAUUCCCUCUUCUUUUCCCCUCCCUUCUGAAAGGAGCUGGCUGUUUGCACCAUGGCUGCCUGAAGGCUUCCCUACAGGCUGACCUACCCCAUACUUUCAGCCUGCUUAUGGAGGGUUAGGGGGUGGGGGGGUGGAGGGAUGCUUUCAUCAUUUCACAACCCCUGCCCCACCACCCCUGCCAAGACCUUGGACCGGGCCCUCCCUCUGCCACCUGAACCUGGCCCGGGGGUGGGCAUUGAAGUGGGGUGCUGAGCUGCCAUCCAUCUUUUUAUUUGAAGUUCCAAGGCUCUGCCGCCACGUGCUGGGGCCUUGUCCCUAGGGCCACCUCAUGGGGACGGUAGUUCUUCAGGCCCAGGGUGAAGAAGGUCUGUGCUCCAGGAGGAUGGCACCUGUAGCUUAUUAAUUCCAAUACUAAUUUGCUUUGCUGACCAAAUACCUGGUAUCAGAGGAUUAGGAGAAGGCCAUGGCCAGUGUUAUGGCCCUGGGGCCCAGCCCCAUCCUGGGGGCUCUGUACAUAGCUAUGAAGAAAACACAAAGUGUAUAAAAUCUGAGUAUAUAUUUACAUGUCUUUUUAAAAGGGUUGUUACCAGAGAUAUACCCAUCGGGUAGGGCACUCCUAGUGGCUGGGAGAAAUUAAUUGCUAUAUAUUAAAAAAAGAAGAAAAAAAAAGAAAAGUUUUAAAAAAAAUUCAUAUAUUUUUUUGCUAUUUUUGCUGUUUUAUUUUUUUAAAUUAUGUUCUAAACCUAUUUUCAGUUUAGGUCCCUCAAUAAAAAAUUGCUGCUGCUUCAGUUCCUAUGGGCUGUAUGAAAAGGGAGAGAGAAAAGAAAAUGAGGGAGUAACAGAAAGAAAGAAAAGAAAAAAAAAAAGCCAAAACUCCAGGCCCAUGUUUGUGGGUAAAGUUUCUGUGCCUUCCUGAUUUCCCUCCUCAAUCCCACUAGAACUCAAAUCCUAAUCUACCCUAUUUCCUUCCCCUUUGCUGGGUGGAGGGGCAGCCCCCCAAACAGGAAAACCUUUCUCUUAAUCUUCUCCGACCGAGAAUUCCCAGAGGCUUACACUGGGGUUUUUUUCCGACAACAGUUCAGGGGGCCCAAGGGACUACGCGGUCAGAGUUGUGUGUGGCUCCCAAAAGAACGUGUUCAUUUGCGGGCUCCGUCUUCAACACAUGGGAUCGUGUGGUCUCCCCUGAGCAGAGACAUCUGGAUGCAGGACAGGAACCCCCUGCCCAAGCGCAGCAGAGCUGGGCACGAGGCCAAGGCCAGAGCAGCCCUGAACAGCGGAUUGCUUCCUCAGAGGAAGUUGUUGGAGGCAGCACUUGGAACAUGAUGCUUGGGGCAGGGAAUCAGCUUGGAGAGAGAAGGGGUCGGUGCCUGAGUAAUGGCCAAGCUGAGGGAGAGGGGACCCGACUAAUUCGCUUGAGGAAAGGCUCUGUGAUGGGCUUUUCUUGGAAGCCCCGGGUAAGACUGCAGUCCCAGGGACAACAGAGCCCUGGGAAGGAGAGAGAUAGUCUGAGCAAUGGCCAAGCUGAGGGAGAGGGGACCGGACUAAUUUGCUUGAGGAAAGGCUCAGUGAUGGGCUUUUCUUGGAAGCCCUGGGUAAGACUGCAGUUCCAGGGACAACAGAGCCCUGGGAAGGAGAGAGAUAGUCUGAGCAAUGGCCAAGCUGAGGGAGAAGGGGGCCGGACUAAUUGCUUGAGGAAAGGUUCUGUGAUGGGCUUUUCUUGGAAGCCCUGGGUAAGACUGCAGUUCCAAGGACAACAGAGCCCUGGGAAGGAGAGAGAUAGUCUGAGCAAUGGCCAAGCUGAGGGAGAGGGGACCUGACUAAUUGCUUGAGGAAAGGUUCUGUGAUGGGCUUUUCUUGGAAGCCCUGGGUAAGACUGCAGUUCCAAGGACAACAGAGCCCUGGGAAGGAGAGAGAUAGUCUGAGCAAUGGCCAAGCUGAGGGAGAGGGGACCUGACUAAUUGCUUGAGGAAAGGCUCUGUGAUGGGCCUUUCUUGGAUGUCCUGGGUAAGACUGCAGUCCCAGGGACAACAGAGCCUUAGGAAGGA